UAGAGGAGUGGAGUCCCGACCCCAUCUCCUCUCCGCUUGGGUGCUGGGCGCGCUCCCUCCUUGGGCGGGGCCGGGGCGGAGCCUGAUGUCAGAUUCCUCUCCCUGGUCGGCCGUAACCCUCAUACUGGGCGAGGAUCGCCUCGGCGCCCGACUCCCCGGUCCCCCGAGGCGCUUUCUAGAGUUGUUGCCUUUCCUCAGAGUCGUCUCUGCGUCAGUAUCUCGCCGUGCCCGCGCCCAGCUCUGUCCUCUGGGGGCCGACCCGUGCCCCGUCAAGCCUUCCCUCCCGCCCUUGGCCCCUUCCUUGCCCCGCGAUUAAAGGCGCCUUCUGCCUCUGCCGUUCCAGUACUGCCUUUCGGAACAGACCGUCUUGGCACCUCCAUCGAGGAACUGUGGCUUAAAAAGAAACACCGACUCCUCCCUUUUCUGCCUGUGAGCGCAACCCGGCAGGAACAAAUUCAGCAGCCGCAGCUUCCCCAUCACUCAGUCUGCUGGCCCUUUACCUGUUGAAACUGCCUGUUACACACAGGUAACCAAUUAAAAGGAAAAAGAAGCUGAGGUGUUAAGAUGGCUCGUAUUACACUUGAAGAACUAAAUGAAAUGGAUGAUGAGGUUGAGGAUGAAGAACAAGAACAAGAUGAAGCAGAACAAAAUAGACUGUUUUCUCUGUGGGAAACAGUAGCCAGCACUCAUCAAGUGAUGCUUCCUCAAGCUGAUAAACUGCAGUGGAUCUCCAAACUUCCAUGCAUUGUUGGUGGAGAAGGUCUAGAAGACUUCAUGUCACAUGCGGUGGAUGAAUUCCCUCAAUCCCAUCAGGAGGAGCUGAUGGAAGAAGAAUUGGAAGAGAUCUUCCCUUUUAACAACAUGGCAGGUCCAAUAGUGCAGAUGACUCACCAUAACCACAUGCGAGAGCCUGUGCCCUACACUAUUUUAUCACAGCAUGAGAAGUGUGAGGAAACAACAUAUGAGGAACGUCUAUACCCAGCUGGGAAAUGGGCAUGCAUCACCAAAGGAGAACCCAAGUAUGAACAGAGCACCUCAAUGGGUUUCAUGAAACUUAUAAGAUACAUCUGCAAAGAGAAUUCUCUAGGCCGACACUUGGGGAUGACAGUGCCAGUGAUCAGUGAGAUCCACCUGAAUAAGGAGGGUACUGAAUUGGUCCAAGAAGUCAUUACUGCAUAUUAUGUUCCUCAGGAAUUUCAGCUUAAUCCUCCUAUCCCCAUGGAUCCAGAAAUCCAAAUCCUAGAAAGGUCAUCACUUCAGGUUAUCACCAGGGAGUUUUAUGGGCCAGCUACUGAGGAGACAAUCCUGAGAGAGAUUCACUUUCUUUGGGAGUUAUUGGGCUCAACAGAUAAUGUGCUCCAUGAAACAUACUUGGUGGCUGCGUACCAGAACCCUAGUGUACCCAAUCGUCGCAAUGAGAUAUGGUUUAUCCGGCGAACAGACUGAAAGCAUCAUGAAUUUCUGGCAAGAUUAUAAUCCACUAAAUCCACUUUAGAUGGCAGUUCUAGCCUGAAGGAGAUGAAUGCACUUCCCAACUUAUCAUAAAACUGAUGACCCAUUCCUUUUCCUUGGGGACACUAAGGAGCUGUGUUCCUUCCUGUGAGUUCAGAAAUAAGGGGAAAACAAGAACAUGGAAAGGUAGUAUGGCUUCUUCCCUGAUGGAGCUAGCACUGGAAGAAUCUGUGGAUAUCUGCUUCAGUGACUUUGAAAUUUGUCUAUGCACAGUUGAGUUAAAAUGCAUCAGGAAUUGUAAUUGUUCAGCAAUCCAUAUCUGGUAUUUCAAAUCUGGAAUCUGAUUUCAUCUGGAAAUGAAUUUGGAGUGCCAGUCUGUAGCUGGAUGGGACACGGGUCAUAGCUUUAGUUACUUCUAGAGAGAGAAUUUCAUUUCUUUGGAAGAGGCCAUCCCUUUUAGCCAUGUAUAUGAGAUGCUUCUAGUCAGCUCUGUUCCUUCAGUUUGACAUGGAAUAACUUCAGUUUCACUGGGCUAAUUUGAAUAUAUCCUAGAAAACCCUUGCCAAGGACAGUGGCCUGGAGGGAGAUCUGAGAAAUGGAGAUCAGGGAAAUCCUCUUUUGUGGCAUAUAGACCCUCUGGUUUUCAUAAGAGCUGUAUAAUACCUGUCCCUCUGUGACCUAUCCACCAACUGGACUUGUAUCCAUGGAUGCUUCCAAACUGUUGACUGCCACUUUCACUUUUCCCUCCUUAAUAGAUUUUUUUCUAGUAAGAAAAAUAAAUGGAAGAAACAGUGGAAAAAUACAGGACACUUAUCAAUGGAAAAUGAGAUGAUAUGGGCUCCUUUUUAUUCUCGUAAUGAAGCAAGGUAAUUGCACAAUGAAAGCCUUAUCUAGAAGUAUCCCAUCUUUUCUUGAUCAAGCAGGCCCAACGUCAUGGUAUCCAUUGAGUGAGUCAUAUAUUUUAAAGUGAUAAUUGGCAGCACUGUUGCAAUGCAUUGCACUGUGCAUUGGUUGGUUGGUUUCAUGGUCAAGAAAGUUGCUGUUGUCUCUGAAGGAGGAGGAUGGCACAGAGAAAAUGUGAAAUAAAAUCUAGCUCAAACCUC